AUGAUGCUUUAAAAGGCUAUUAUUAUCAAAUAAAAAGAAGAUAUGUUAAAAUUAGAAGAAGAAAAAAAAGCUUUAUAUGAAAAUCAUGUCAAAAAUACUAAAGUUCUUUCUAUUUAAUAUAAAUAAAUUAAAUAAGAAAAAGAAAAUAAAAAUAAAGAAUAUUCCAAGGCCUAAAAAGAAAUCGAGAAAUAAAAAAAACUUUAAAUUAUUUAAUAAAAUAAACCCAAAGUCGAGUAAAGAUAAUAAAUUGAAUAUGUAAAAAUCGAAUAGAAAUAACAUCAGAAAGCCCUUUUUGUAGAAUAUGAAGUUAAAAAUAAAGAAAGAAUUUAAAAUGCAAUAGAAAAUUACGGAUUUAGACCAAAAGUGGAGAAAGAUGCAUAAAGAUUAGUUUAAAUUACAGAAAGUCUUUAAAUUAAAUAUAAUACUAAGCUUGAUAAAGCUGAUAAAGUAGAACUUAGUAAAGUUAAUGGAUUUAAUGUUAAUUAAUUAAUGAAAGAUAUGAGAUAUAGAUUAAGUACAGCCUUGUCUGAGGCAGGAUUAUAAAAUACUGAUUAUGGAAAAGAUGUUUUAAGGUAUAUGUUUAUAAACUGA